AAGCGGCUACACAUUCCCGCCAAGUUUGAUUAUCUUUUAGACGUUCUCCUAUAAAAAAGACUAAGAAAACCACUCUUUUGGACGAAAUUCAAUCAUUUAUCAUAACCUAAAGACAAUGGCACAAGUAGAUUGUGUGCAAAAUGUUAACAAUGGUCCUUCUGCUGAUGAUGAUGAUGGAUGUACACCAUCAAAAAAACUAAGACAAGCUAGAUUACCAUUCAAAACAAUUGAACAUAAAGCACAGCUAGUCUCACCAAAGUCAACUGCUGCAUCAAAGAAAAGAAAACUAUCUGAUGCAGAAUCACCCAGUGCUAAAGCUCCCAAAACUCCAAAAUCAGGAACCACAUGUGGAUCUGGUAACACUCCAGUAACUAGUGGUGAAGCAGAAGUUAGCUCUAGUUCUGAAGCUGACAAUGUUAAAAUACGGGUUCGUAAUACGUUGGAAAGGUUUGUACGUAAAAAUUCUCAGGAAGAAAUUACCUCGUCAACUAACACUGAAUGUAUUGAUAUAACAGAUUCAGAUGAUGGCAAAGAAUCUGAUGUAUCUUUUGUUGACACAAAUACCUGUCAAUCAAAAAAAAUAAAGGAGUUCUUCAGUGUGAAACAAUCUUCCAAAACUGACAUAUCAAAGGAAGGGACAUCUACCAAUGAGACUCAGAAGGUAGAAAAUUACAUUCAAAUCAUUGAAGCAGUCAGUAAAGGACUUAUUCCAGCAGAAAAUUUACAGGAAUCAUGUGAAAAUAAGGAAAACUUGGAUAGCUCCGAAAAAGGGGAAAAUUUUGACAUUUCUGCAGACAAAGAAAACAUGGAUGUUUCAGAUGAAUCAACUAGUUUGGCAGAUAUGAACAACAGUGCUAUUGGCCCAGUAACUCCUGGUAAGGGCAGUCUACCCUCAGCAGUAUUUAAAACUCCAGUUUCAUCAAAGAUUAGUCCACAGUCAGGAGCUACACCUUUAUCACAGAGCCCAGGGGAUAGUUUAAGUGAUGGAACUCCUAAAUCUGGCAAAAAACCAAGAUCUAAGCUUUCAGAGGCAAAGUUGAAAGAAAGGGAAGCCCAGAGACAGAAACUCAAGGAAGAAAAAUUAAAGGCCUUUGAAGAAAAGAAGAAACAAAAAGAGCAGGAGAGAGUGGAAAAGGAAAAAGAGAAAGAGAAACAAAGACUGGAAAGAGAAGCUGCCAAAUCUGAAAAGGAAAAACAAAAGAAAGAGGAAAAAGAGAAAAAAGAAAAAGAAAGAUUAGAGAAGUUACAGCAAAAGGAAGAUGAGUUGAAGAAAAAACGUGAAGAGCAGGAAGCUAAAAAUGAAGAAAAAAAGAAGAAAGAUGAAGAGAAAAGACUAAAGGAAGAAGAAAAACAGAAAGAAAACGAAGAAAAAAUGAAAAAAGAAAAGAAAGUUAAAGAUGCAUUUCAGAGUUUCUUUAUCAAGACAAGUACUUCACCUAAAUCUUCUAAGGCAACUGUAGAACCAUCAGGUCUUUUUAUGCCUUUCCAAGUAAAGGAGAACACUAGACUGGCACCAGAAUGUAGACAGUACAUUAGUGAGGACCAAAAGAAUUAUCUGGAUAGAUGUCUUCAUGACCAGGAAUCUAAUGUUUUGUAUAUUAAAGAUCUUCAAAAUGGCAAAAAAACUGGCAAAUCAGAGAAAACCUUUCCAAAGACGAUAGGAGAAGAUGAUGUGGAAUUAUUGGUCCAUGAUUCAGAGACUGUGAAAAAAGUCACAUACAAAUGUAAACUGUUACAGUUCCAUAUGAACUACAGACCACCAUAUUAUGGAACAUAUAGAAAAAAAAGUUCACAUGUCAGUCCAAGGAAUCCAUUUAAAACAGAUACUGAAAUGUUUGAUUAUGAAUAUGAUAGUGAUGAUGAUUGGGAAGAAGAGGAGCCAGGAGAAAGUCUAUCUGAUUGUGAUGAUGAGGAAGAAAAAGUUGAAGAAGACAACGAGGAUGAAGAAGACGACUUCAUAGUUCCUCAUGGGUAUUUGUCUGAGGAUGAAGGAGUAGAUAAGGAUGAUGAGGAGGUAUCACCAGAGCUUCUAGAAAUAAAACGUAAUGAACUGGCAACUAGAUGGGAGGCAGAUAGAAACAGAGAGACUAAACCAGUUUUACCAAAGAUCAUUGGUUGUUUCUGGGAACAAGCCACACAUGUUUUACAAGAGGAGAUUAGUAAACAGCUAGAACAAUAUAAGGCAGUCUUAUUGACAACAAAUCCAGUGCCUACCUCCUUCAAUGAACCAGUCAAAGUUGUAAAGGGGGAUAACUCUUCUUGUGACAAUAAUGUUGACACACCAAAAGUUAAUCCACAGAGAAAACCUGUUCCUGAAGAAGCAAUGCCAGACUUGAUAAGACUAGUCCAUGGAAAUUUGAUGGGUAUUAAAAAAUUAAUUCAAGAAUUUCGUUUGUAUUGGAAGUCUAAAACAACUGGAGAACAGCAAGAACCAACAGGUACAGCAGACAUGAGUAUGGAGAUUGACAAUACUGAUAACAAAGCUACAGAUACCAGUCUGUCACAAGCUAAGGAUACCAGUCUGUCACAAGAUAAUGUAAGCAAUAUAUCCAUAACUGCAGAAACUGAUGCAGACGUUGCAAAUUGUGCUAUAUCAAAAAGACAAUUAGAAAUCAAAAUAACAGCCAUUGCUGUACGAGAGAAACGUGGGGAUUAUAAAAAGAUUUGUUGGUAUGUUCAUGAUGACAUACUGAAACAGCAUAACUGUGAAGGAUUGCCUAUUCCAUCAGCUUGGGAGUCUCUUACCAAACCAGCAAAGACACCAGGCAAAGUUAAACCUGAAGAAACUACGCCAAGUGGUCGUAGGACACCAGUGCCAUCUAUAACUCAGUUUGCUAGACCAAUGUCUCCUUCAACCAUAGCAGCUCAGCACGCUGCUGCUCAAGCUAAAAUACUGGCAGCUCAGGCAGAAAAGAAAAAGGAAAUUGCUGACAAGGAACCUGAAAAAAUGGAUACAGCUGACAUUCCUAAUGAUACUCUUACUCCAAAUAAAAAGGUAACAGUUGACCAAAGGAAAUUAACAGAUUUUGCAAAAGCCUUCACUUCUCCACAAUGUAAAAAGCCAGUUGCUCUGAUUCCAGUAUCUUCUCCCAUAUCAAACACAGCUAUAAAAACGCAAAAGUCUGAGAAGGAAGGUAGUAAAUCAGUUGAAAAUAACACUGGCCAGCCUCCUGUACUAAAUAACAUAGAGAAAACAAAUGUAGAACUACUAAAGGUAAAUGGAUUGAUAAAGGACUCAGCUGGUGAAAACUCAAGAGAUGCCAUUAUGAUUGACUGAAUAUUGAAGACAGUCUGAGUACAAUAUUUUCAAAUAGUAUAUUUAGUAGAGCUUGGUUUUUCAUUGUAACUUUAUGUGCGUGUUUGCAUGGUUAUAUAUUAUUUUGAAUGAUCAGUAAUUUUAUUUAAAGUCAGUACAAUAAUAUAUUUUUGCUCCAUGGUUGAUGCUUCCUGUUAACAAUAAAAUCUUGUGAAACACCAGUGCUGUAUUAGAUUUUGUCAAGCCUAAAUAAACGUAGGAGGCAAGACAUAAAAUUAAACUUUCUGGAGGUAGUAUUGACAGUUGACAAUAACUUUGUAACUUAUUCCUUCUUUCUUUUUAAGUUGGCUAACUAUGUAUAGAAGUUAUUUAUGAUGAUAUCUUGUCACCCAGUUGUCUACUUAUUUUAAUGGACUGCUGUUCAUUAUUUUUUCUCAAUAACUAUGCAUAUGUGGUAUAUUUAUUCAUUUUGGGGCAUUUUUAUAUAAAAACUUUUAAUAUUGUAAUGAGUAUAUUUCUAACAUAUUUCUCAUGGCAGUCACUUGUUUUCAUUGCUAGGCAAAAGUUUCUAAUGAUAUGAGUUAUAUGGCUGUCUGACAUGUUGCCUUGACAUCAUAUUUGCAUUCAUUCUCCAGUAGAAGGAUAGGUCAGGUGUCAUUUGACCUUGAACUAAAUUUUAGAGUACGUUGAUCUUUAAAAAAUUAGAAAUUUUUGCGGUAGUAGAGACAUUUAAGUGUGUAAGCUCUUAUUAAAUAGUAGCUGUCAAAUCUACUUCAUAUUUGUUAAAAUGUUUAAACUCAGAUAAAUUUCAUUAUUCAUUUAUUUUUUUGUGUUUAAGAAUAGAUAAUAUGUGUGCAAUAUAAUUGAUGAUGUUACCAUAAUGUUGAGUAAUAUUCAUCAAUAUUUAAUUUAUGAAGUUUGUAAUUUAUCAUGUAAUACUUGAAAUGUUUGUAAAGUUACUGUGUGUAUGCUAUAAACAGAAAAUGUCAUCAUAUUUCAUACAAUCAAACAAGUUUUUAAGAGAAUUCAUGAAAAUGAAUUUUUUUAGAAUAAAGUCAAUCAUUUAAGUAAUAUAUAAAAUGGAUCACUGUGAUAUUGUAAAAAGAUAUCAUUUAUGUACAAGCUCAAGAGUAGUAUAAGAAUCUGCACUUGUUUUGAUUUUAUAUUGUUCACAUUUCAUGUUUCUUCCUGUCUAUCGCUCUCGUUCCUGAAUUUUUAUUUAUUAUUAUGCUCAGGAAAAAAAUUCUGAAACGAACAGUCAUGGCUUGUCUGCUCUCUCCAUCUGCGCAUCAGAAACAAAUGGUUUCCGCAAACAUUAACUUUAGUUAUACAGAAGGACCAUAUAAAGAAGGGGUAUAAGCCUUUUGAUUUUGGGAUCAAAAAAGAAAUUGUUUGGAGGACUGUUAUAAAAUGGAGUAUCUCUUGAAGGGAUGAAAUGUAACUUAUAUUGAGGGAAUAACUAGGGAGGGAGAGAAGCCAAAGUGAUUUAAAACUCUCUAAUAUCACAUCAACUUUUUUAUCUUUUGAAGACUAUAGUGUUAAUCAAUGAAAUGAGGAUACAUUGUAUUAUAAAAUGCUGUGUUAUGUGAAACAGCUGAGUUGUUAAAUUGUUAAAAGUAUUUUUUAUACAUUUUGUAAUGAUACAUGUAUAAGCCACAUAUAUAACAAAAAUAUUCUAUUACAAAAGGAAACUGGCCGUUUUCUUUCCAUUUCCCUUAACCAGAAGUUUUAAUGUAAAAAUUUUAAAAAGAUCAAGACUCAAAAUGGUUGGGUUGCCCAAAAUGUUGAUUAAACAAUGGAGAAUGGUCUAUUAUGAACAUUAAUAUAUGUUAAAAAAUAAAUAUUGAGAGGGAAAUCUUGAAACAACUGUAUAAUACGAGGUGCAUAACUUCAAAAGGUUUGCAAACUUUCAGUGAAGAUUCAAGACUUCAGUAGUUGAUUACUCAAAAUUGGUACUGUCUUUUGCUGACAAAAUUUCCAAAGAUAAGUAAAAUUGGGUGAGAGUCUCGACGAUUCCAUAAUAGCAGAGAUUCACAACUUCUAAAAUGUUUUCAAUCUUUCUGUAAAGUUUCAAAGAUUUAUGUUGAAAACUGUAGGAGGAAUUAAGUGCAAAAAAUUAGAUCAAUCUGUUUUUGUCUAGCCUGCAAUGAAAGUCGCACAAAGCGGGACAGGAUUGCUUUUCCGACGAUGUUGGCGUCAACAAUUGUUAAGUUUUCUGCUUAAGUUAGUUUGAUAGGAACUACUUAUAAUAGAUCAUUGAUAUUUAAUAUUAAGUUGCAAUACUAUCAGAUCAUAUGUGUUUGACGACUAUUUUGAGGCACUGUCCCCUAGGACAUGGUCCAGUGACUUUGAAUUAAUUAGCAAUUUUCAAUGUUAAGUUUUUUGUUCAAGUUAGAUUGAUAGGAACUUCUUAACAAUAGACAACAAUAUUUUCUAUAAAGUUACAUAACUGUCUGUACAUCUCAGUUUGUACACCAUUUUCAGGCCCUGCUCACUAGAUCAUGGUCCAGCAACUGUAUUGAUAAGCAGUGUUGCUGUCCAUCAGAUUGUCUUUUUCUGAAUUUUGUGCCGACAGGCGAGACAUAUAUCUGUGUCAACAAAUUUUAAUUAAAAUUACCAAGUUCCCAAGUGUGGAUAAGUGGGGAGAAAUUCCUGUAACUAUUCCUUAAUAGCAUGUGCACAACUUCAAUAUUUGUGCACUCUUUUCUGUGUAUUUUCAGGGAUAUGCGUUGAAAACUAGUACGAAAAGAUUACACGAAAAUAAGAAACCUAAUCCCUGCAGUUUGUGCAACCUUGCAAUAAACCAAAUUUUCAUUUCUACAUUAUCAAAUAUUAAAAUAUGGUACAUGUAUUAUAUUCUCAAUAUUUUUGAAAAUUAGAAAGGAAAAAAAAUUUUUUUUUUAGAAUCACCCACUUUGUAGAUUUAUUUUUUGGGUGGCAUUAAAUUUGGAUGAAUAGUUCAAACUGUCAAAAUUAAUAACUCUUAUAUUAUCUGAAAGCAUUGGUAGAAGUGUAUAGAAAGUAUUGUCACUGAUAAAUGUUGUAAUAAGAUAUUUAUUUAAUUACAAAAAAAAUUGAAUAUGAUAUUAAAAAGGAAAUAAAAAAUUA